UGGGCUUGCCCGUCAUCACUCAUCAAUAACAACACUUGUCCCCAACUGUCUCUCACAUCAUCUGAUUGCAUUUGAUCGAGCUUUGACAACGGAGUGGAAAUCCAAUCUGGAAACUGUCCGUGUUCCUUGGUUGCGUUCUUCGUCGGCCCUCGUAAGUCUCGUGCCAUGUCGUGCAGUUACGCCGAGGGCCUCUCGCCCUACGACAACAAGGGUAAACUAGGCCUGCCCGAACAAUUCGACCAACCCGACAAGAUCCGCGCCCAGGUUGAGAUCCUGGCCCAGUGGAUCCGGGACAGUCCCCAUACCGUGGUCCACACCGGGGCGGGUAUUAGCACGGCGGCUGGGAUUCCCGAUUUCCGUGGGCCCCAGGGCGUGUGGACGCUCGAGCGUCAAGGCCGUCCACCCCCGCCUAGCCUGGACUGGGAUAGCGCCACACCCACCUUUACCCAUCGGGCGCUUGCCGUGCUAACCCAAGCUCAGCGUGUUCAAUUCGUGAUUAGCCAGAAUAUCGAUGGGCUCCAUAUGCGGUCCAGCUUAAGUCGGCGGCAUUUAGCCGAGCUCCAUGGCAACAUGUUUGUGGAUCAAUGUACCGUUUGCCAACGCCAAUUUGUGCGCGCCCAGCCCGCCGCCACCGUAGGACAGAAGGUCGAUGCCAGUCGCUCCUGCCCAGCACCCCGCCCCAAUGGCCGGCGGUGUCGCGGGAAAUUGGCCGAUUUCGUGCUAGAUUGGGAAGCCGAAUUGCCCGAGCACGAUCUUGACUUGUCCUUGGCCCAUUCCACCUUGGCGCACCUCAGUAUUGUCAUGGGCUCCACCCUCCAGAUCAUUCCGGCCGGGAAUCUGCCUACGUACGCCCCCAAGUUCCAUUCCACGGGCAAGCUGGUCAUCAUUAACCUCCAACCCACCAAACACGACAAAAAGGCCGAUCUCAUUAUUAGGGGUUACGUGGACGAAGUCAUGAAACUGCUCAUGACCGAGCUGACCCUACCCGUGCCUGAUUAUCAGCCUACGGUUGACCCGGUGGCCAUGCAGUUGGCCGUUGCCAAUCCCGAGACGUUUAUCGAAUGGACGCAAGAUGGCCCAGCGGCCGAGAAACUAACGGAAAUGGCUCAGGACGUAGAAAAGAAGUUUAAAUUGAAGCGCAAGGCGGCUAAAGACUCGGCCCAAUCGAUGCUGGGGAAGAUGCUCAAAAAGGCUGAGUCUGACGACAAGCCCAUAAAAACUGAAGAGGAAUCAUUGGAAUCGAAAGAGCUGAAACUGCCUGCUACAUCAAAGCCCAGCGCAUUAUUAAACCAAGCUACUGACUAAAUUUUCCGGACUUAAGCUAUAGAAUGUACGGAGGUAAUUCAGCUAAGGUUAUGGAGUUCCUAUGUAUGGACUUAGACUCAGUUUAGGGUUUUAAACGUUUGUAUUUUUAUAUAGAUAACUUGCGAUCAGACGUGUAACGAUGAAGAACACUACACCGUCACAUGAACCAUUUAAUAGCUUCGACCAAAGAGCGUGUAGAAUUGGGCCGGCUUUGAGCAUCCGAGCUUAACGCAAGAAGCGUUUUUGCUCAAAGUCUUUAACGGUUUAAAUGGGAUGCACAACGAUUUGGCUCCCAUAGAUGGAGCUCCUUCCUCGACUUCAACGUUAUUCUUGCUCUCCUCCUUGAUAAUUUCUUCACAAGUCUUGUCGCCGCAAAAAGGUGCUUCGAUGGUCUUGCAUUGAUCCAAGGCCGCAACAAAGUCCGCCCAUUUAUCCACAGACACGUGGUGUGACUCCAAGUCAGCCUUGGCUUUUUGGAACAUAUCAGAUUGAAUGGAGUCUAAUAAGUUCUUGACCCCCGCAACCACGUUGGCCUUUUCCAUGGGGAUCUUGGCACCGGUAUCACGUCGCACCGCCAUGUACUGGUUCUUCUUCAUGUCUCUUGGACCAAGCUCAAGUCGGACUGGCACGCCUUUCAACUCCCAGUGAUUGAACUUCCAUCCGGGUGAGACAUUUUCCCGCAUAUCACCACGAACUCGGAUUCCAGCGCCUUGCAACGUGUCCACGUAUUCUUGGCAUGCUUCAUAGAGCGAUUUACGAUCCUCGUCCGAACCGGAGAUGCCGCAAGGCACCACAACCACUUGGAAGUUGGCAACGUUGGGUGGCAGAACCAGUCCUUUGUCAUCUCCAUGAACCAUAACUAAAACUCCGAGGGUACGGGUGGUCAAUCCCCAAGAGUUCUGGAACACAAAUUGCUUCUCGCCCGUUU